CAGUUGAGAAGCACACUCCCAGUGACAGCAUUCUGACUGACAGGCAGGCGGGCUGAGGGAGUGAAGCCCCAACUCUCCUGUUGCCAUGAUACCCCUCUUCCUCAAUAACUCCUCAUCAAUACCUCCAACUCUGCUUAUCAAACCAGUGCUGUUCCUGUCCCUGAACCAGUCAGAGGCGUUCUGCAGCCAGUUUGAGAACAGCCGAUGGUACUGCUAUGUGCUCCUGGUCUUCUUCACCUUUGCCCUGCCAGUUGGCAUCCUGGGCAAUGUGGCGGCGCUGCUCAAUUACACCUGCUUCCGGACCACUAGUCUAUCCACAAGCAACGUGUUCCUCCUCCACCUGGCUCUGUGUGAUUCUGCCUGGAUCCUCACCCUCCCCUUCACCAUCUACUUCAGCCUCCAGAGGCCCUUCCUCAGGGACACCCAGACCUUCUGCCAGCUCAAGAAGAUCUUCUUCAACAUUAACAUCUACGGGAGUAUUUUCUUCCUCACCUUGAUCAGCUUUGACCGCUACGCUGGUACCGUGCACCCCAUCAGCUCCCUCCGGUGGUGGGAUGUAGGUAAAGCCAAAUUCUGCUCUGCCUGCGUCUGGGUGUUGCUCUUCCUGGGAUCCAUCCCCGAUCUUUUCGUGACCUUUGCCAUCCAGAGACCAGGGAACGUGACCGUGUGCAUGGACCACAUCCAGGGUCCGUUCGUCUUCGUGAAAACCAUCUCCAUCUCUAGGACUUUGGUGGGCUUCGCCCUGCCUUUCAGCGUCAUGCUGGUCUUCUACGCGAUGACGGUGCGGGUGUUACGGGGCCUGCCUGUGGGGAAGAGGAGAGGGAACCGGGGUCAAUGGGCGGGGAAGCCCCUGCUGCUCAUCAGCGCCGCCCUGCUGGUGUUCGUGGUGUCCUUCGUACCCUACCACAUCAUGAUUAUGACCCUGCUCUUCCUUAGGAUCCGCGGCCGGGUGACUCCGGACAACGUCAACAUGCUCUUCGCCUCCUAUGAGUUCUUCGAGGCCAUGUGUAGUGUGAGCAGCUGCCUGGACCCUGUGCUGUACAUCCUGGCCAGUGAAAGGUUCCAGAAGAGACUCCAGGCCCUGAGGAGGGGCCACUACAGGGCCCUGUGCUGCAGGCACACAAGGAGGGUGGGGGUGGAGGGCUGACGGAGGAGGAUGGACUCUCCUAUUAUUAUUCUCAAUUCAAAUUAAUUCAGUUACCUAACAGGUCGCUGUCCUAUGAGAUUAUUUAAUGAUGGAACCGGUAUAGCCAUGCAAAUCCCAGCGAUGUCACAAAUGGUAUGCUGACCAGGGAGAAGCAAGAGUCUGUGUUCAUCAGGGUAGAUUUAAUU